AUGUCGAAAGAGCUAUGGGCUAGGAGCCCGUCAGGGGGCUAUCUUGGUCCUACAUUGGACAAGGCACAAGCUGCAAAGAUACAGGAGCAGGAAAACCUACUUAGAGUGGCAGUAAAUUAUGGUGAAGGUGUGUAUCCCAAAAAUACCUCAACAUUUGUACCUAACAGUGUCAACACCCAGGGAAAUCCAAUUCAGGCAUCUGUAGGACAGUUACUUGGGAGACCUGCACCAUCACCUAGAGCCACAAGAACCCCUAACUUCAAAAAUGUCUCUACUCCUCCAAUGCCAUAUGCUAACUCCCCUAGGUCAGGCACCAAUAUGAUGAAUACCCCUUCACCCCAGCAGCAUCUAACACCACAACAGCAGAGGCAAAAGCUGAUUCAAGUGUCUCAACAGCAGCAACUGCAUGCUCAACAGCAGCUGAGGCCAUCAGUUGCUGGGAUGCUAGCACAGAGCACAAUUCCUCAGCUACACGAUUUACAGGGGCAGGGUCAACAAAAGCUACAGGUCCCUAGUCAACAGCAGAUGCAGUACAACCAAGCCUUGUCGCAAAAUAGGCUGAUGCAGCCUGGACGUAUGCAACCUGGCAUGUCUCAGAGUCAAUUGAACCAAGGAAAUCAGCUGAGAAGUCAUUUGGGCCAGUUCACUGGAGCUGCAAACAGUGCAAUGUUCACUGCUGCACAGGCAUCAUCAAACUCACAAAUGUAUGGUUUGGUUGGUGGGCAUCCACAGAGGAGUCAUCCAUCCCAAAUGCUGAUUGACCAAAUGUUCGGCAUGGGAGCUACAAAUACUACCAGCAUGAUGGGAAUGCAGCAGCAGCAAGGGGUAUAUGGAAACAUGCAGGCAGGUGCUCAGAACAUGCAACAGGGCAUGGUAGGCCUUCAGAAUCAGACGCAGAAUCCCAACUUCCCUCAGCAGAGACAACAAAACCAGCAAUGA